GUGCAGGUUCUCUUUAUAAGCGCAGCUCCAGAGCACAGCUUCCACAGAGCAGAGUGGUCCCAUAGUUAUCGGGUCUGCAGCAGCUCCAGCACCGUGCCUGGUUCAAGGUUGGGCUUUUUAUCUCACAGCAAACAUCUCGUCUCUGCACACGUUUCAGCUGCGGAUGCGCGCAAGAAGUGCGGAUGGUUAUGUGUGUAAACUGCCGCACCGUCGCUCGACUUUGCCCCAUGUGCACAGAGAGCUGAGCGUAACAGGACCGCAGCGGCUGCCCAACCCGUUCAGGUUUGAAAAGGAGUCAGGACACCUACUGGACCAGUCAAGAACAGCAACAAUGCCUUCCAACAAGUAUUCUGGUGCUAUCUUAGAGGAGAGCAGCAACGUGACUGCCACUGCCACAGCAGCAGUGAAUGGAGCCACGCCCCUUGUUGCAGAAAGCCCAAUGGAGAACGACAGCGGCGUUGAGUUGAUCAAUGACAACAGCCCCAUGACUGCAGCUGAACCGCCCUCUCCCUUCAGCCCCAAACUGAACGGAGGUGCUGCCUCACCCCCAGAUGGUAACCAAUGUAUGAGAGGAAGCAGGAAGAGGGGCAGGAAGAAGACUGAGGAGGAGGAACGGGAUUGGGACUCCUACAGCGAUAAAAAGCCUUCAGGAAAGUCUCCGUUGGGUUUGAGACAGAGGCCAAGACCAAGAACCAUCUACCAGGCUGGCCUUACGGCACACCCUAACACCAAACCUCGCAGGCAGAACCGCAAACAGGAGCAAAGCAUAACAAUGUGUGCCGCUGGUCCUCGCAGAGCCCCUGUUGUGUCCAGAGAGACUCCACAGGCUCCUUGUUUGGAAUUAAUGGAACAAGACUCCAAAGACUCAGCUCAGAGCAUCAGCACCACAUCCAGCUCCGCAGUCCAACCGGAAUACAACGAUAACAAAGGUUUUGGAAUCGGCCAGUUGGUCUGGGGGAAAAUCAAGGGCUUCUCCUGGUGGCCUGGUAUAGUGGUGACAUGGCGGGCCACAGGGAAACGGCAGGCCAGCCAUGGCAUGAGGUGGCUGCAGUGGUUCGGAGAUGGCAAGUUUUCUGAGGUUUCAGCAGAUAAACUGGACUCUCUCACAGCGUUCCCUAAAUUCUUCAGUCAGGCUUCCUACACCAAGCUGGCCUCCUACAGAAAGGCCAUCUUUCAGGCAGUAGAGAUGGCCAGUGUCAGGGCGGAGAAGACGUUUCCACCCUGUGAGACGGACAAUCCUGAGGACCAGAUCAAACCCAUGCUGGAAUGGGCCAACGGUGGAUUCCAGCCCAAAGGGGAAGAAGGACUCAAACCCCCAUCCAAUGCCAACGGUAACCCUCUGGACCAUCAGAUCCUCAAUGUUUCCCUGCCAGAAUAUUUCCCAAGCGCAAAGCGACCCAAAGUCAGCCCCUUCAAGACCAAGGCUGCGCCCGAAGAGCCCUGUAGCAGAGAACAAAUGGUGAAUGAAGUACAAAAAAAGAAAAGAAGUAUAGAAGAGUUCUGUCUCUCGUGUGGAAAGAUGAGAGCAGCAACCUUCCACCCGCUGUUUGAAGGAGGCCUGUGCCAAACUUGUAAAGACGUGUUCCUGGAGAUUUCCUACAUGUACGACGAUGAUGGUUACCAGUCCUACUGCACAGUCUGCUGCGGAGGCAGAGAGGUUCUGCUCUGCGGCAUAGCCAACUGCUGCAGGUCAGUCCCACACAGAGAAAAGCUUCAUCCACAUCCCAAAAUUUUAAGCCGCUGUCGCUUAAAACAAGUCGAGUUAAAGCUGCUGCUUGAAACCUCAAACAUUGCUGAUUUAAGGACUGAGCCUAAAACUAGUUUCUCUUUUUUGUUUUUUCCUCUGCUUUUUUCCCACCAGGAAAAAACUAAGAUUUACCCAGCAGUCCCUGCAGAGCAGCGAAGACCAAUCAGAGUCCUCUCUCUGUUUGACGGCAUUGCUACUGGCUACCUGGUUCUGAGGGAUCUGGGUUUUAAGGUGGACCAGUACGUGGCGUCCGAGGUGUGUGAAGACUCCAUCUCUGUGGGUGUGGUCCGACAUGCAGGAAAGAUCCAGUACGUCCAUGAUGUCAGGAACAUCACUAAAAAAAAUAUUCAGGAGUGGGGUCCAUUUGACUUGGUGAUCGGAGGAAGUCCCUGCAAUGACCUCUCCAUUGUGAAUCCUGCUAGAAAAGGCCUGUAUGAAGGCACUGGGAGGCUGUUCUUUGAGUUUUACCGUCUGUUGAGCGAAGCCAAGCCUAAAACCGGAGAAGACCGUCCAUUCUUCUGGAUGUUCGAGAAUGUGGUGGCCAUGGGCGUCAAUGACAAGAGGGACAUCUCCAGGUUCCUGGAGUGUAACCCUGUAAUGAUUGAUGCUAUCGAGGUCUCUGCUGCCCAUCGCGCCAGAUAUUUCUGGGGGAACCUGCCAGGCAUGAACAGGCCUCUUUGUGCUUCGGGGAUGGACAAGCUGGAGCUGCAGGAUUGUCUGGACCACGGACGAGUUGCAAAGUUUGGAAAGGUGCGAACGAUCACUACUCGCUCCAACUCUAUCAAACAGGGAAAAGAUCAGCACUUCCCAGUCUUGAUGAAUGGGAAAGAGGACGUCCUGUGGUGCACAGAGCUGGAGAGGAUUUUUGGAUUCCCUGUGCACUACACGGACGUGUCCAACAUGGGCCGCGGCGCCAGGCAGAAACUCCUGGGUCGGUCAUGGAGCGUCCCUGUCAUCAGGCACCUGUUUGCACCACUCAAAGAUUACUUUGCCUGUGAAUAGACCAGAUGGAGGGAUUCCACUCUGGAAUACGCAGCAGGACUUUUAUUUGACUUAUUGCCCUUUAAAAAAAAAAAGAAAAAGGGACCAGAAGCGGUUUCACUCUAUCAGGCACUUUUGCAUGGAGAGAGUUACUUUUAUCAAAACCAGAGCUGCAAGAAAAACAAUAGUAGCUGUCACUGGAUUAUUGGCAAAAUCCUUUCUGUGGUCGCAGAGCUGCAGAAUUUCCAUUAACACUGAAACAAAUAAAACAGCUCAGCUCUAAUUGUCAAAACUGUUCACAUCAUACAGAUUCAGGCCUGGGAAGUAAUGAACCUCCCUGAAAACUAGUCUGAGGUGAUUUUUUGAGCGGCUACAGAAACGAGCAGGCAAAUUCUGCAGCCUUUAGAAUUAGAACCAAACAGUGUGUCAUUUUACUUUUCUAUAAACAGUAGGAACCGAGCUGCCCAGAGGACGACACUCACAAUGACUGAUGGAUAUAAUAACUAAUAAUGUUCAUAAUGCAAGUUGGAGGUGAAAAAUAAGUGGAUUGAUUACAGUUUAUUGGUUGGCAGCUGAAAAUAGAUCCAACUUAGCAAGAAAAGGGCAUAAAAGGAAGCACCCACUUGUUAGACUGACGGAAGUUAAUCUCUGUGCUGCAUUUAAAUCAUCCGAGAUCACUGAUUGUUCUAAUUUGAAUUUAAAGGUCCAGGGAAUACCUGCAUUCACAACCUCUGGUUCUUACCUGUUAAGCAUUUGGAUUUGGAAACCAGUUUUAAGAUUGUGUGAAACACUUUUAAAAAAAUAUAUUUUUUCAACGCUUGGAGGCGAUUUCUUUUGUCACUGUUCG